AUGUUGCAACUGCCUGUCCAGAUAAGAAGUCCAUAUUAAUGUACGUGACUUCCCUCUUCCAAGUUCUGCCCCAACAAGUCACCAUGGAAGCCAUCAGGGAGGUGGAGAUGUUGCCACGACACUCAAGGGUCACUAGAGAAGAGCACAUACAAGUACAUCAUCAACAGCGUUUUUCACAAGAAAUCACAGUCAAUGUACCCCAGGGACCUUCACCUUCUCCUAAACCACGGUUCAAAAGUUACGCAUAUACACAGGCUGCGUAUGUCACAUCCCCUGACCAAAAAAGGAGGCAGGUUCCUCCACAGUUCUUAGAAACUGUUGAAGAAAGGACAUUUAGCACCAUGCGAAUGGGGACUGCAAUGGAUCUUGAAAACUACCAAGCUGCUUUAGAAGAAGUGCUGACAUGGCUUCUCUCUGCUGAAGAUGCAUUACAAGCACAAGGAGAUAUAUCCAAUGAUGUUGAAGUUGUUAAAGAACAAUUUCACACCCAUGAGGGUUUUAUGAUGGAGUUAACAGCUCACCAAGGACGCGUUGGCAACGUUUUGCAAGUUGGAAGUCAACUGCUAACAAUUGGAAAACUUUCAGAUGAUGAAGAGAAUGAAAUCCAAGAACAAAUGAAUCUACUUAACUCUCGAUGGGAAAGUCUCAGGGUAGCAAGUAUGGAAAAACAAAGCAAUUUACAUAAAAUCCUAAUGGAUCUGCAGAAUCAGCAGCUAUCCCAGUUAGCUGACUGGUUGACGAAAACAGAGGAAAGAACAAAGAAAAUCGAUUUGGAGCCUUUAGGUCCAGAUCUGGAGGACCUAAAGCGUCAAGUAGAAGAGCAUAAGGCAUUUCAAGAAGAUUUGGAACAAGAACAAGUCAAGGUGAAUUCUCUAACCCACAUGGUAGUGGUGGUAGAUGAAAACAGUGGAGACAGAGCUACUGCUGCACUGGAAGAGCAGCUUCAGCACUUUGGAAAACGAUGGGCAGCCAUCUGCAGAUGGACAGAAGACCGAUGGGUCCUUCUGCAAGAUAUUCUUCGUAAAUGGCAGCACUUUGCAGAAGAGCAGUGUCUUUUUGAUGCAUGGCUUACUGAAAAAGAGGAUGCUGUGAGCAAAAUUCAUAUAACUGGCUUUAAAGAUCAAAAUGAAAUGCUGACCAAUCUACGCAAAUUAGCUAUCCUAAAAGCAGAUCUAGAAAUGAAAAGGCAAAUGAUGAGUAAGCUGAAGUCGCUCAGCCAAGACCUCCUUGUAGCUGUGAAAAACAAAGCAGUGGCUCAAAAGCUGGAAAGUCGACUUGAAAAUUUUGCCCAGCGCUGGGAUAGCCUUGUGCAGAAGGUGGAGAGCAAUUCUGAACAGAUUUCCCAGGCUGCCACUAACACUCGGACAUCACUAACACAGACAACUGUAAUGGAAACUGUAACUAUGGUGACGACAAGAGAACAAAUCCUGGUUAAGCAUGCUAAAGAAGAGCUCCCACCACCUCCACCCCACAAAAAAAGGCAACUCCUUGUGGAUUCAGAAAUUAGGAAGAGGUUUGAUUCAGAUACAACAGAGCUCCAUAGCUGGAUGACUCGCUCAGAAGCAGUGCUUCAGAGUCCCGAGUUCGCAAUAUAUCGAAAAGAAGGCAAUCUCUCAGAUCUCAGAGAAAGAGUCAAUGCCAUCCAGCGAGAAAAGCCUGAGAAGUACAGAAAAUUACAAGAUGCCAGCAGAUCGGCUGAGGCCCUGGUGGAACAGAUGGUGAAUGAGGGUCUGAAUGCUGACAACAUUAGACAAGCCUCAGAGCAGCUGAAGAGCCGCUGGAUUGAGUUCUGUCAAUUGUUGAGUGAAAGACUGGCAUGGCUGGAGUACCAAAAUAACAUCAUUGACUUCUACUCCCAGCUGCAGCAACUGGAGCAGACAGCAAUUACUGCAGAAAACUGGCUGAAAGCACAACCCACACCAGCAACAGAUCCUGCUGCAGUAAAAACUCAGUUGGAAAAAUGCAAGGACGAAAUCAUCCGAAUGUCAACCCUUCAGCCCCAAAUUGAACGGCUAAAGGCUCAAAGUCAAGCACUCAAAGAGAAGGAACAAGGGCCAGUGUUUCUGGAUGCUGACCUUGCUGCUUUUACCAGCCAUUUCAAACAAAUACUCGCUGACAUGCAUGCUAGAGAAAAGCAGCUACAGACCAUUUUUGACAGUUUGCCUCCUGCACACUACAAAGAGACAAUGAGCACUAUACUUGUGUGGAUCCAGCAGUCAGAAACUAAACUAUCCAUGCCGCAAGUUGCAGUUGCUGAAUAUGAAAUCAUGGAGCAGAGACUCAGGGAGCUCAAGGCUCUACAAAACUCUCUGCAAGAGCAGCAAAAAGGCCUGAACUAUCUCAGCACGACUGUGGAAGACGUGUCCAGGAAAGCCCCUGCAGAAGUCAGCCAAAGAUAUCGAUCAGAGAUUGAGGUGAUCCUUGGCCGCUGGAAGAAAUUAUCAGCACAGCUGGUGGAACAUUGCCAGAAACUUGAGGAGCUUAUGACCAAACUCCAGCGAUUCCAGAAUGACACUAAAACACUGAAGAAGUGGAUGGCUGAAGUGGAUGUUUUUCUGAAGGAAGAGUGGCCUGCCCUUGGUGAUUCAGAAGCACUGGAAAAGCAACUUGAGCAAUGUACGGCUUUAGUAAAUGAUAUCCAGACAAUCCAGCCCAGUUUGAACAGUGUUAAUGAGGUUGGGAAGAAAAUGAAGAGUGAAGCAGAGCCAGAAUUUGCUUCCAAAAUAGAGACAGAACUAAAGGAUCUCAAUGUUCAAUGGGAACACAUUUGCCAACAGGCCUAUGCUAAGAAGGCAGCUUUAAAAGGUGGUUUGGAUAAGACUGUGAGUCUCAGAAAGGAUUUGUCAGAGAUGCAUGAAUGGAUAACACAAGCUGAAGAAGAAUAUCUGGAAAGAGAUUUUGAGUAUAAAACACCUGAUGAAUUACAGAAAGCUGUUGAGGAACUGAAGAGAGCGAAGGAGGAAGCCAUGCAGAAAGAAGUGAAAGUGAAGCUUAUUACUGAUUCUGUGAAUAAUUUUAUAGCAAAGGCUCCACCUGCAGCUCAUGAGGCUUUGAAAAAGGAGCUUGAUGUUCUAAUUACCAGCUACCAGCGACUCUGCAGCAGACUGAAUGGAAAGUGCAAAACUUUGGAGGAGGUUUGGGCAUGUUGGCGUGAAUUAUUGUCCUAUUUGGAUGCAGAAAACAAAUGGCUGAAUGAGGUUGAACGGAAACUCAAGGCAACUGAAAAUAUCCAGGGAGGUGCAGAAGAGAUUUCUGAGUCUCUAGAUUCUUUGGAACGUUUAAUGAGACAUCCGGAAGACAAUCGCAAUCAGAUUCGGGAAUUGGCUCAGACUUUAACUGAUGGUGGAAUCUUGGAUGAAUUGAUCAAUGAGAAACUUGAGAAGUUCAAUACUCGAUGGGAAGAACUUCAAAAGGCCGUGAGAAGACAAAAGAGUCUUGAACAGAGUAUUCAAUCUGCCCAGGAGACUGACAAAACCCUCCGCUUAAUCCAAGAGUCUCUUGCUGUUAUUGAGAAACAGCUGACAGCCUACAUUGCAGACAGAGUUGAUGCAGCACAGGUCCCUCAGGAAGCACAGAAAAUACAAUCUGAGUUAACAAGCCAUGAGAUUAGUUUGGAAGAAAUGAAGAAACGAAACCGGGGUAAAGAUGCUGCCAAAAGAGUGCUUUCCCAAAUUGAUGUGGCACAGAAAAAGCUGCAGGAUGUCUCCAUGAAGUUUCGAUUGUUUCAGAAGCCAGCCAACUUUGAACAGCGCCUACAAGAAUGUAAAAGAAUCUUAGACGAAGUGAAAUUGCAGGUGCCCAAGAUGGAGAUGAAGAGUGUUGAGCAGGAAGUAGUACAAUCACAGUUGGAUCAUUGCAUGAAAUUAUAUAAAAGCCUGAGUGAGGUGAAGUCUGAAGUGGAAACAGUGAUAAAAACCGGGAGGCAGAUUGUUCAAAAGCAGCAGACAGAGAACCCAAAAGAACUGGAUGAAAGGCUUACAGCUUUGAAGUUGCAAUAUAAUGAAUUAGGUGCAAAGGUGACAGAAAAAAAGCAAGAGUUAGAGAAAUGCUUGAAGUUGUCCCGGAAGCUACGAAAAGAAAUUAAUGCUAUGACAGAAUGGCUUGCAGCGACAGAUGCAGAAUUGACAAAGAGAUCAGCUGUUCAGGGGAUGCCUAGGAAUUUGGAUGCUGAAAUUGCCUGGGGCAAGGCAACACGGAAGGAGAUUGAGAAACGCCAGGUCCAUCUUAAGAACAUCAGUGAUUUAGGAGAGAAUUUGAAGACAGUGCUGAAAGGAAAGGAAAGUCUAGUGGAGGAUAAACUCAGCCUCCUGAACAGUAAUUGGAUAGCAGUAACUUCACGCGCUGAGGAAUGGUUCAAUCUGUUACUGGAAUAUCAAAAGCACAUGGAGGCUUUUGAUCAGAAUGUAGCUAAUGUCACAACUUGGAUGUAUCGUGCUGAAAUACUGUUGGAUGAAUCUGAUAAACAAAAACCCCAGCAAAAAGAGGAAAUUCUUAAGCGCUUAAAGGCUGAGCUGAAUGAUAUGCAUCCAAAGGUGGACUCUGUGCGUGACCAGGCAGUAGACUUGAUGACAAACCGUGGAGAUCACUGCAGGAAAGUAAUAGAGCCUAAACUGUCAGAGCUCAACCAGCGAUUUGCAACUGUAUCGCAAAGAAUUAAGAGUGGAAAGCCCUUCAUUCCUUUGAAGGAAUUGGAGCAAUUUGACUUCGAUAUACAAAAAAUGCUUGAACCACUGGAGGUUGAAAUUCAGCAGGGGGUGAAUCUGAAAGAGGAGGACUUCAGUAAAGAUAUGAGUGAAGACAAUGAGAGCACGGUGAGAGAAUUGCUGCAAAGAGGCGAUACACUUCAAAAGAGGAUCACAGAUGAGAGAAAACGGGAGGAAAUAAAGAUAAAACAACAGCUGUUGCAGACUAAACAUAAUGCUCUCAAGGACUUGAGAUCUCAAAGAAGAAAAAAGGCUUUAGAGAUUUCUCAUCAAUGGUAUCAAUACAAGAGGCAGGCUGAUGACCUAAUGACAUGGCUGGAUGACAUUGAGAAAAAGUUAGCCAGUCUACCAGACCACAAAGAUGAGCAGAAGCUAAAGGAGAUUGAUGGAGAAUUGGAGAAGAAGAAGGAAGAUCUGAAUGCGGUGCACAGGCAGGCUGAACGCUUGUCUAAGGAUGGGGCUGCAAAAGCAGUGGAGCCAACCCUGAUACAGCUCAGCAAGCGCUGGCAAGAUUUUGAGAGCAAAUUUGCUCAGUUUCGAAGACUCAACUAUGCACAAAUUCAAACUGUUCAUGAAGAUACAAGUUUUGUGGUGACUGAAACUAUGACUGUGGAAACCACUCAUGUGCCUUCUACAUACCUGGCAGAGAUCCUUCACCUUCUGCAAGCCUUGUCUGAAGUAGAAGAGCGCCUUAGUUCUCCUGUUCUGCAGGCUAAGCAUUGUGAAGAUCUCUUCAAACAAGAAGAAUGUCUCAAGAGCAUUAAAGAUAGCCUGGGGAGACUGCUCGGUCGUGUAGACAUUAUUCACAACAAGAAGAUACUGGCUUUGCAAAGUGCUACACCAAGGGAAGCAGCAAAUAUACAAGAAAAGCUGACUCAGCUUAAUUUUCAAUGGGAGAAAGUUAACAAGAUGUACAGGGAUCGACAGGCACGGUUUGACAAAUCUUUGGAAAAGUGGCGGCUUUUUCAUUGUGACAUGAAGAGCUUUAAUCAUUGGCUAACUGAAACUGAAGAGAAGCUGUCGAGAGCACAGAUAGAGGAAGGAGACGUGGGUCAUGUGAAAACCAACCAAUUUCUCCAGCAAAAUAUUCUUUCUGGUCAAAGUGAUGUCUAUGAUUGCUUAAUGAGUCUACAAGAGAUAGAAAAUAUAGAAUGUGGAAUCAAUGAGAAACCAAUUUAG